AUGCCUGCCUAUCACUCCGCAUACAACGACGACCAGGUGCAGCAGAUCGGCAACACGGCCGUCCUGCCCAUCAACUGGAAGCAUGUCAAGGGGAGCCAGCUGGUCACGGCCGACCCGAGCCGGCCAGACAUUGUCGAGGAGGCGCUCGACCUGUUCCGCGCAAACUGCCUCUUCCGCAACUUUGAGAUCAAGGGCGCGGCCGACCGCACGCUCAUCUACCUCAUCCUCUUCAUCUCGGACUGUAUUGCCAAGCUUGCGCCUAGCGCUGGUCGUCCUUCGCCGGGAUACCAGGAGGCCGGGAAGAGGCUCGCGACGCUCUCCGUCGAUCACUUUGCGUUGCCGGGCGAGCCGGGGUUCCCCCUCAACUCGAUGUAUCAUGCGCCUGGGAACCGUGCGGAGGCUGAACAGCUCCGCUCGUACCUCACGCAGGCGCGGUCCGAGCUUGCCGCCCGCCUUGUCGACAGGCUGUACGCGCCCGAGCCCGUCGUUGGCGCCGACGGCAACCCCACGGGCCAGAUGGGGCCGCGCCCCACCCAGCCAAGCAAGUGGUGGAUGUCGUUCCAGAAGCGCCGGUUCAUGGGGCGUGCGCUGUGA